UCGGUACUGUAGCCUCGUCGGUAACGGCGGCGCUCAGACAAGAGUCACAAGACCUCUCUAACGCACUUUUAAUUGUGGGCUCGCCGUGGGCCAGGCUGGUGAACCCUUUCGGCUUGGACUGGAGGAGGAGGUGGAGUCUCAAAGGUGGGGAGGAGAAGAAGGAGAGAGUCGGAGAAUUAGUAUUAUUUUUUUUUUUUUUUGACACAACAGAAACAACAAGAGGAAGACGGACUGGACGGUGGAAAGAACUAUUAACUGGUGUUAAGGCGCAAGACUGGCGAACCGAAGAUGAUAAUGCCAUAUUUCGUAGAGAGUUUCUGGGGGGAAAAGAACAGUGGGUUCGAUGUCCUUUACCAUAAUAUGAAACAUGGACAGAUUUCAACAAAGGAGUUAUCAGAUUUUAUUAGAGAAAGGGCUACAAUUGAAGAGGCAUAUGCAAGGUCGAUGACCAAACUGGCCAAAUCUGCUAGCAACUAUUCACAGUUAGGGACAUUUGCACCUGUGUGGGACGUCUUUAAAACCUCAACUGAAAAGUUAGCAAGCUGUCAUUUAGAACUGGUGCGCAAACUUCAGGAAUUAAUAAAAGAAGUCCAAAAAUAUGGAGAAGAACAAAUAAAAGCACAUAAAAAGACAAAGGAGGAAGUUGCCAGCACUCUGGAAGCUGUACAGAACAUUCAGAGCAUCACUCAGACCUUACAGAAAUCCAAGGAGAACUACAACGCAAAGAGUGUCGAGCAGGAGCGGUUAAAAAAGGAAGGGGCAACACAGAAGGAAGUGGAAAAGGCAGGGCUGAAAACAAAGAAAGCUACAGAAUCCUACAGAUCUUAUGUGGAAAAAUACGCUGUGGCCAAAACAGACUUUGAACAGAAAAUGAGCGAAACUGCCCAGAAAUUUCAGGAUAUUGAAGAAGGUCAUGUUUUUCAAAUGAAGGAGAUUAUACAGUCAUAUUCAGAGUCCAUUGAAGAGACACACUUACAAAUAGGCCAGGUUCAUAAUGAAUUUGUAAACAACAUGGAAAACACUACAGUGGAAAGCUUGGUGCAGAAGUGUGCUGAGACUAAAGGAACCGGCAAAGAAAGGCCUGGACCUAUUGACUUUGAAGAGUGCAACAUAGCCAAUGCAACAGAAGGGGCAAAGCCACGUAAAAGAAAAACCUUUGGGAUACCAGGUCGAAGGAAAGAUAAAGAUACUGAUUCAGUGGAAUCCCCAGAUGCCGAGUCAGUUAAGACAUCAAAUGGAGCCCCCUCUGGCUACUAUGGGAGAAUAGAUUUACAGAAUGCUAAUAUUCCAGAGGUUGAUGACGAGGGAUUCUGUCUCAAGCCAGAAGUUAAUGAGAACGAAGCCAAAGAGAACAAUUUCUACUCCUCCAGCGACUCUGAAGAUGACGAUGAACCCAGAAAGUUUCAUGUGGAAAUAAAACCUGUCCAACCCAACAAUGGAGACCAUCAAGCAUCGGCUUCGAUAGAUGAACUGAGGGCCUCUAUAGUAAACAUAACGCUCUCACCAUUGGCAUCGGCUCAGAUGAAGAGAAAUUCACCCAGACUGUCAGGGUUGCUUACACAGUCAUCAUCAUUAGACUCGCAGCUCGUUUCUGGUGAAGACUUGGUCAAAUCCAGACUUCAGGCAUCAUAUAAUAAUGAAAGCAGACGAGUGAACAGUGACCUCCUCUCUCUGGACCCACUGUUCGGGCCUCCUCUUGAGUCAUCGUCUUCGUCAUCCUCUAUUUCUACGUCUUCAACAGCUGUUCCUCCCCUUUUCCAAAGCUUUCCUACCUCUGUCCAAGCUAAAGAUUUGGCAGUAUGUUCUUCCAUUGCCACAGCUGAUCUAAUGCUGCAUAGUGAGAUCUCCUCUCUGUCCAGUUCUCCUAAUGCUUCAGCUUGGGUUCCAGAUUCAGGCCACAAGAGCCCUCCCUCAGAGCAUUCUAAAUGCCUAGAUCUAAGCACUGCUGUUACUGUUACAGCUGCUCCAGAAAGCAUGGACAUUCUGUCUUCCUUGUCUUGGUCUCAGAGUCAGUGGAUAUCAUUUACCAAUGAACUGAUAUCAUACAGACAUUUCAAUGCAAGCCCAAAGGAGCCCCAAAGACUGCAGUCUAAAUCUAAAGCAAACUCUCCUUCUCCAGUUGCUUUUUCCUCCUCCUCCUCAUCUUCUUCUUCCUCCUCUGUUAAAUGCAUUUCUAAUCACCUGAAUGAGCUUUGCAGUGAUCUCGCGCACAGCACAACAUGGUUUAUUGAAGAAAACGUCAGUAUGUCGUCCUGUUCCCCAGCACCAGUGGAUAUAAACUUAGCACCUAUUCUUAAUCCCAAACACAAUGUGUCUCAGCCAGCCAGACCUGCAACUCCUCACACUACAGCAGCGUCUCAGCCGGCCAGACCCACAACUCCUCACACUACAGCUGCAAUAGUGCCGCCGCCACGACCAACCUCGCGACCAAAGCUCUCUGCAGGAAAACUUGGUGGUAUCAAUGAAAUAGCCAGACCGUUUAGUCCACCGAAGAUAACGAAUGCCAGCCCACCCCCUGCAGCCCCCCUGGCUCGUGCAGAAAGCACUUCCUCUAUAUCGUCCUCCACGUCACUCACUGCCACAAGUAACCCAGCUGUGGAGGAUGAUGUGUUCAUUGGGAAACUGCCUACAUUUGAAAAGCGCUGUGAGACACCAGCAGGGAUUUCUCGGGGUCCCAGUCCAGUUAGCCUUGGAUCUCUGGACUCGCUACCUAUUGCAGCAGCCUUCACAGAGUCUGUCAACGCCUACUUCAAAGGAGCGGACCCCUCGAAGUGCAUUGUAAAAAUUACAGGGGAUAUGACUGUGUCCUUCCCUACUGGAAUUAUCAAGAUUUUUACCAGCAACCCAUCGCCACCAGUACUGAGCUUCAAGUUAAAGAACACAAGCAAACUUGAGCAGAUUCUUCCAAACCAGCAACUUCUGUACAGUGACCCAUCACAAAGUGAUUCUAAUACCCUGGACUUCUGGAUGAAUAUGCAAGCCCUUACUGCCUACCUCAGAAAAAUGUCUGAACAAAAUCCCUCAGCUUCAUAUUACAAUGUUGACAUCUUAAAAUACCAGGUCGUGUCAAAUGGAAUCCAGUCAACUCCUCUUAAUCUGGCAACAUACUGGAAGUGCUCUCCAACCACAACUGAUGUCAGAGUGGAUUACAGAUACAAUCCAGAGUCCAUGCUGACUCCCGGCAUUCUGGCAAACGUGCAGGUUCUGGUGCCGGUUGAUGGAGGAGUUACAAAUAUGCAGUCUCUUCCAACAGCCGUUUGGAAUGCAGAGCAGAAGAAAGCAUUAUGGAAGUUAAAAGAUAUAUCGGAGAAAUCUGAGAACGCAGGUUCAGGAUCCAUGAGGGCAAAAUUUGAACUUUCAGAAGGACCCACUAACCCUGCCACACUCGCAGUGCAAUUCUUAAGUGAAGGAAGUACACUUUCAGGGGUAGAAAUAGAGCUGGUUGGCUCUGGAUACAGACUUUCCUUAACAAAGAAGAGAUUUGCAACAGGAAGGUAUAUGGCAGACUGCUGAUGAUGCUAAAACAAAAGGACUUGGUCCAAGAAGCACAACUCUACUAGAGCAGCUUCAUCUGUUUGUUUCAUGGUCCUGUAAACAGAAACAGUUUUUAAUAUCAAAUCUCAAGGUUUUGGCAAUAACUUUUGUUAAUUUUGUUAAUUCUUGAAAAAAGAGAAAUCUUUCUAAAUGUAAUUGCACCUUUUUAGAAGAAACAGUAAUAUCGACUACAUAAAAUUAGCACUGAUGUGAUUUUUUUUUUUUUUUUUUUUUAACACUUUUAAAAACUGGGCUUUCAGGAAAUUUCUAAAAUUGAAAAUCUUUACUGCAGUUUGAUUUAUUUAGACUUUUGUAAAUCAAAACAGUAGUAUAUAGUCAAAUGUAUAUAGUUAAUAAUAUGUAUAAUAAUUAUAUAUUGGACUGCUAUAAAUUAAAAGAACCUGCACUAACCAUCUUAGCUAGGGUAUAAUAAACAGGUUUAGAUGCAAUAUCCUGUAAUGCUUUGCAUAUGACAAUUAUAUUAAAUCUAAUGGGGAUACUAAAAGAAAAUUGGUGUGUAAAUAUUUGCAAACUGAGAGAAUUGAAAUCUGUGCUACUCUGCAAUGUUGUUUUCAAGCACCGUUUUAAAAGCUUGGUUUUAGAAUGGCUGAAUGGAAUAUCUGUAGACUACACUUUUACAAGCAUUUAUGGCUGUUGAUGUAACGACUUUAGGUAUUUUCUGCGAAUGCAACGUGCAAUGUUCUGACAACUUCGCUUUCAAAAACUGCAUGGAUUUUGUAUUUGGUAUAAGUAGUUUCAUAUAAAUGUUAACUUUGGGUAUAGCCAAUCAGUUCAUUUUUACAUGGAUGAUAUGAUAACAUUAGUGCCUCUUUUUAAUCCGCCUGUCCCAUGUCUCAAUUAAUGUGCCUAUUUUUACCUUUUCAGAAUCUAUAAUUCCUAUAACUUUAUACUUUUUAGUAUGUGAGCACUGCUCUUGACUGUUACGCAUACAAUUAUUUAGUGCUCUUAAAUAUAGUUGGGUUUUGAAGGGAAGGGCUGGAUACUUUGUUGAAGCUUGAAUUUAAAGGGUAUUAAAGUGAUACAGGUGGUGGCUCUUAUAAUACACUCAUUACUUACUGUUCCUGCCUUUCACAGUCUGUUUUUAUCAUACAUUUUUUGAUAAAACUCACUGCUAAUGAUUUUUUCAGUUUGCAGUGAGUUUUAUAUAUGUAUUGUUGUUUUUUUCACACUCAGAUUCCUUCCUAAGGGGGUAUUUGCAAUAACAAACAUGUUACUGUUAUGCAGGGGUUGUUCUUGCUAACAGUAGCUCUUGUAAUUUAUUGUAGAGUUGUCUCUGCUACUUCUUUAAAAAAUAAGUAAUGUAGCAGAAACUCAAAAGAUGAAGACAGAAAGGUGAAUACAAAAAAAAAAUAGAACGUAAAUAGAUGUAUGCAUUUCCCUUCUCUGUGUCUUAAAUGUUGAGGAAUAUGCAGCUGCUUGUUGGAACGUUGUCCAAAUGUAAGUGUAUAUUAUGAAUACCUCUGUGGAAAAUAUUUGUGUAACAGUGUAUCAGAUUUCCUGUGUGCCAUGUGUGCUUGAACUAAAUGAGAUUUCAAACUUAAUAGAAAGGGAAACGCUACCACAUGUUCACUUUUUUUGUUUUUGUUUGGAAAAAAAAGCCAAGGAAAAAUGUAACUUUUCAAUUUGUGUAUAUUUUCAAAAAGCCACUGCAUGAAAAUGUUACAGUUGUGUCAUUGUUGUGUUGUAUGUUGGUGGCAGGCAUGAGUCAGUCUGCAUCUGUGAAGCUGUGUUUUGAGGAAUAUGAAACGUAACCCUUGUAGUAAUUGGAUAUUGCUGUCUGUAUAGCUCUAUAGAGGCAGUACGUUGUAUUAUGCAGCAGUUUUGUUUUGGUUUUAUUCUUUUUUUGGGGGGUGGGGGGGUUGUAAGAAGGAGAUAAAAAGUUCAUUUUUUAUAAGGUCAGCCUCUGUGUAGUGGCAACUUCUUUUGUUCUGAUCCCUGAUGUUUUUUAUGUGUGCAAUCCAAAUCUAAGUCUGUAAGGGCUGCGUUUCUUCCCAGUCUCACUGGUUGCAAAGUAAGACAUAGCUCACUGUUCUCCCAGGUAUAGUUUUUUGUAUUUAUAGAUAUUUCUAAUAUAUUUACUUCGGCAACUUGUCCCCUUUUUUAAAAAAAGAAAACUGUACAUGGUUAAGACAAUACUUGUAUACAAAGAGUACUUUCAGUAUACAGAGAAGGAACACUGUCUUAUUAAAGCAAUAUACACAGACUCCUGGGAACAAUGUCUUAUUAAAGCAAUAUACACAGACUCCUGGGAACAAUGUCUUAUUAAAGCAAUAUACACAGACUCCUGGGUUCCACUGGUGAUCUACAGUGAAAUAAAAAAUAAAAGUCUCCUAAUUCAGCAAUAAAGUUGUUGCCGUGUUGCUUAAGGAAGCUCCAUAGUUAAUGGAAACAUAUUGCAACCAGAAAAAAAAAAAAAAAUAAUAAUAAUAAAAGGGCCUGUCACGCUGAUGUUAAAUGCUGGUGGAUCCCCAGUUGUAAUUUUGCAGUUUAUCUAAUUUUCUGGAAAGUUCAAGUGCCUUACCUUGCAUAUGAUACCAGCUAAAUAGGGCACUUGUACUGUGUAGUUAUCACUAUGGUCAAACAGCUUUUAACUGCUUUUGUAAUGAAUGCUAUUAAACUUAGACAACAUUACUACAUAGAUAAUAUGGCUUUUAAAGAUGUGUUUUUAUUGUUAUUAUUUAGAAUAAUUCAAAUAUGUGUUUUUUUAAGUAUUGCUGGUGCAUCUCUUAUGCAUUAUUGCUGUUAUUUAUUAUUCCAAUGUUAAUGGUUUUGCUGUAUCUGUUGAAGUAAAACUGGGGAAGCCACAGCUAUUAGCUGGGAGAGUCGAAGUAUAAAUAUCUAAAAAAUAAAACAAAAAAAACAAAAGAAAACAAACAUUGUAUAUAUAUUGUGCGAGCUGGAUCUUGCUUCCUUACACAGUGAUGCCCUUUAAAGCUGCCGCCAAAACAUCAACAACUUCCACUUGGAAAUUUGAGUUUUUUAAACAGUUUCUCUGGUUGUAUGUUUAAAAUUGAGUGAACACUUUGUUAUCUAGUACAAAAGAAAUCUGUAAAUAGAAAUGAUUUUUCGUGAAAUGUAAAUUUUACAAAAUA